GUUGUAUGAUGUUGGUACACAUCUACGACCAACAUUAUUGUGACAUUUUGCUUAUGACUAAUCAAAUGGCCAUGAUUAUCGCUUGUGUACUUAAAAUAUGUUAUACAUAUUCAGUUUCUGUCACAAACAGCCACAGUGUGACUAUACUAUGGCUUUAAAAGAGACUUGCCUUCACUUCAGGUGGCCACUUGUUUAAGUAGGUGACUUUGAAGGUUAACAACCACGAUCAUAUAAUACCCAUUUGUGUUGUAACCAGCCAGUUUCCUGAAGUGUAGCUUAGAGAUCGCAUUCCUCCUCGGGGUUAACCUAUUCGAACUAUUCAAUUCGUAUCAUCUGGAAAAUUCAUAAACAAUGUCCUCCUUUUUGGGAAAAUGGAAACUCAGCGAGUCUCACAACUUUGAUGCUGUAAUGUCGAAACUAGGUGUAUCCUGGGCCACACGACAGAUUGGGAAUACCUUAACACCAACUGUGACCUUUAGUAUGGAUGGGGAUAAAAUGACGAUGUUGACUGAGUCAACAUUUAAAAAUACUACCUGUACUUUCAAAUUUGGUGAAGAAUUUGACGAGAAAACCAGUGAUGGUAGAAAUGUCAAAUCAACUGUUACCAAAAACUCCGAGUCAAAGCUAACUCAAGUCCAAGUGGAUCCUAAGAAUACAACGACAAUUAUACGUGAAGUAGAAGGUGACAUGAUGAAUACGUGGAGAAAAAGCCCAUCUACAUUCAACUUGAUUAUGAAGGUGAAAACAUUGCAGCAAUGAUCAACAAAAGACUGAGUAUGUCACUAGCCACAGUCUAUCCUGAAGCCAAGCUCGUUCCCGUCUAUCGAACAACUUGCUCUUUGGUACAAUCAAAAAUCGAUAGACGUCCUUCUCGUGUUAACUUUAACUGUAUAUACGAAUUUAUAUGUAUCUGCGGAAGCAGUUAAAUUGGAAGAACAGAAAGAAGAAAGGCAUAUCUACAAUUUUCUGAACAUGUACCAAAAAGCCUACGUCUAAAGGGAACAUCUCCUUGACACGGGUCAUGAAGUGGAUGUCGCAAGAUCAUUCAAAAUUAUCAAUAGGCAAAAAAGUUCAAUUCUCCUCAAGUUUGCUGAAGCCAUCUCCACCAAGCGCCUGGAACCGAAUUUAU